UGUCGCACAAUAGCUGAAGUAAACCUGUCAUCGUGGCUCAUCCUGUGAGCCUCCAGAAACACACCGCUGGUGGGAUUUGACUCGCACAGCCUCUCUUCUGUCGCUUCCCUCGCAUUGGACCCUACGUUUGAAAACGCCUGGAUAUGAAUUAUGAGCAUUUUCCUCACUAAUGAACUGGGCCAGUAAUGCAGGAGACCACGGCGACUCUCUCAUCAGUGUUUCAAGAUGGCAGAUUUUUAUUGAGUUUUAAACAGAAAUCUCGCUUUAUUUUUUGCCAUGUAUAACAGAAAUCCUUGCACCGAUGGCCCCUGUAUACGAAGGUAUGGCCUCGCAAGUGCAAGUGUUCUCCCCUCACACUCUCCAGUCAAGUGCCUUCUUUAGCGUGAAGAAACUGAAGGUGGAGCAGAGUUGUAACUGGGAUAUGACAGGGUACGGCACACACAGCAAAGUCUACAGCCACAACAGCAGCAAGAACGUGUCGGCCGCCAGUGGGCCCCUAGGCAUCAACAGCUCCCUGCAGGUCGCCAGCUCCACCCUGCCCUACGAGCAGGCGCUCAUCUUCCCAGCCAGCGCGGGCCACAUUGUGGUCACCUCAGCCAGCAGCACUUCAGGGGCCGUGGGGUCUCUGCUGGGCAGCGGGGGUGGAGGCAGCAGCAGCAACAGCAGCGGUGGUGGAGGUGGCGGCGGCGGCAGCGGUGUGGGCGGCGGGGUUGGUGUUCACAACCUGACACGCCGCAGCACGGUCAGUCUCCUAGACACCUACCAGCGAUGCGGGCUUAAACGCAAGAGUGAGGAGCUUGAUAACAACAGCAGCGUGCAGAUCAUUGAGGAGCACGGUCCACCGAUGAUCCAGAACGGAGCGGCCAGUGGAGCCACGGUGGCUACAGUGGCCACUGCCACCUCCACGGCAACAUCCAAGAACAGUGGCUCCAACAAUGAGGGGGACUACCAGCUGGUGCAACACGAGGUGCUCUGCUCCAUGACCAACACCUACGAAGUGCUGGAAUUCUUGGGGCGAGGAACCUUUGGGCAGGUGGUCAAGUGCUGGAAGAGGGGCACCAACGAGAUUGUGGCGAUCAAGAUCCUAAAAAACCACCCGUCUUAUGCACGGCAGGGUCAGAUCGAAGUCAGCAUCUUGGCGCGUCUCAGCACGGAGAGUGCAGAUGACUACAACUUUGUGAGGGCUUACGAGUGUUUCCAGCACAAGAACCACACGUGCCUGGUAUUUGAGAUGCUGGAGCAGAACUUGUACGACUUCCUCAAGCAGAACAAGUUCAGCCCCUUGCCGCUCAAAUACAUCAGGCCCGUGCUACAGCAGGUCGCCACAGCACUAAUGAAACUGAAGAGCCUGGGGCUGAUCCAUGCUGACCUGAAGCCAGAGAACAUCAUGCUCGUGGACCCGUCUCGACAGCCCUACAGGGUCAAAGUCAUUGACUUUGGCUCAGCCAGCCAUGUGUCCAAAGCAGUGUGCUCCACCUAUCUGCAGUCCAGAUACUACAGGGCUCCGGAGAUCAUCCUGGGCCUGCCGUUCUGUGAGGCCAUAGACAUGUGGUCCCUGGGCUGUGUGAUAGCUGAGCUCUUCCUGGGAUGGCCCCUCUACCCCGGAGCCUCAGAGUACGAUCAGAUCCGGUACAUCUCACAGACACAGGGUCUGCCUGCGGAGUAUCUGUUGAGCGCAGGGACAAAGACCACCAGGUUCUUCAACAGAGACCCCGACUCGACCUAUCCCCUCUGGAGACUUAAGACUCCAGAGGACCACGAGGGUGAAACGGGGAUCAAGUCCAAGGAGGCUCGCAAGUACAUCUUCAACUGCUUGGAUGAUAUGGCGCAGGUGAACAUGACAUCAGAUCUGGAGGGGAGCGACAUGCUGGCGGAAAAGGCCGACAGGAGGGAGUUCAUCGACUUGUUAACCAAGAUGCUGACCAUCGACGCGGACAAGAGGAUCACCCCCAUCGAAACGCUCAACCACCCCUUCGUCACUAUGUCACAUCUCCUCGAUUUCCCGCACAGCACACACGUGAAGUCGUGCUUCCAAAAUAUGGAGAUCUGUAAGCGUCGUGUCAACAUGUACGACACGGUCAACCAGAGCAAGACGCCCUUUAUCACCCAUGUGGCCCCCAGCACCUCCACCAACCUCACCAUGACCUUCAACAACCAGCUGAACACUGUGCACAGCCAGGCCACCAACCUGGCUCCCUCCUCCACCACCAACAAUGCCACCCUUUCCUUUGCAAGUCCUGAUGUCUCCAUACUAAACUACCAAUCUGCACUCUACCAGCCCUCAGCUGCCUCCAUGGCAGCCGUGGCCCAGAGGAGCAUGCCCCUGCAGCCGGGGGCUCCUCAGCUCUGCGCUGCCCGGCCCGACCCUUUCCAGCAGGCGCUCAUCGUCUGCCCACCUGGCUUCCAAGGGCUGCAGGCGUCCCCCUCCAAGCACACCAGUUACUCUGUGCGGAUGGAGAAUGCUGUUCCCAUAGUGACGCAGGCCCCUGGUGCCCAGCCUCUGCAGAUCCAACCUGGCCUGCUUACACAGCAGGCCUGGCCCAGCGGCACCCAGCAGAUCCUGCUGCCUCCAGCCUGGCAGCAGCUCACCCACACCUCAGUCCAGCAUGCCACUGUCAUCCCCGACUCCAUGAGCAGCACACAGCCUCUCGCCAACUGGAGGAAUUCCCACCCUCAUGGCAGCCAUUAUAAUCCCAUCAUGCAGCAGCCAGCCUUGUUGGCUGGCCACGUCACGCUCCCAUCCAACCAGACGCUCAAUGUGGGAGUGGCACAUGUUAUGAGGCAGCACUCAACCAAUAACAGCUCCUCUUCCAAAAAGAACAAACAGCACCAGAUGUCUGCCAGGAACAUGUCAGCCUACGAGGUGUCAUCCUCCCAGGCGGUGCUGUCCCCGCAGCGCUCCAAGAGGGUGAAGGAGAACACGCCCCCACGUUGCGCUGUGCUACAGAACAGCUCGGCCUCCAACUGUCCGCCCCCGCAGCCGUGCGGGGGCAGCGGGUGGGGGGCUGGCGAAGCGGAGCAGGCUUCCAGCACCACACGCGACCAUCAGCACCAGCACCACGUCCCCAGACAGACCAUCAUCAUCCCUGACACGCCCAGCCCCGCAGUCAGCAUCAUUACCAUCAGCAGCGACACAGAUGAGGAGGAUGACCACAAACAGAACAACAGCUCAUCUUCAAAGCAGAGGAAGAAUGUCAUCAGUUGUGUGACGGUCCAUGAUUCACCCGACUCCGACUGCUCCAGCAACAACAGCCCCUACACUGUGGAGUCCAGACCCCCCAACAACAACAGCUACGACACAAAGACCACCAUACUGGACAACUACAACAAUGGGAACCCCCGGACCAUUAUCAUCCCCCCUCUCAAAACCCAGAACAGUGAGGCCCCGAAUGAGUGUGAGCGCCUGAUGCCAGCAGAUGCAAUGAACCAUCAGAAUUCAGCUUACAAGUUCAAAUCCUCCAAUGGAGUGGUGUCUGGCAAUAAUCACGUACCAGGGGGCAUGACUGGAGGCGGGUCCUACAGACAGCAGCGCUCAGGGCCACACCCCCUCCAGCAGCAGCCUCUAAAUCUCAGCCAGGCCCAGCAGCACAUGGUAGCCGAGCGAAACGGAGGUCAUCGGCGCCAGCAGGCCUACAUCACCCCCACCAUCGCCACUCAGGCCCCGUACUCCUUCCAUCACAACAGCCCCUCUCACACGGGCAACGUCCACCCGCACUUGGCCGCCACACACCUGCCUAGCCAGCCCCACCUCUACACCUACACGGCUCCUGCCGCUCUGGGCUCCACCGGCACCGUGGCCCACCUGGUUGCGUCGCAAGGCUCUGCGCGCCAUGCGGUCCAGCACGGAAGCUACCCACCAAGCAUCGUCCACCAGGUCCCAGUCAGCAUGGGCCACCGUGUGUUGCCCUCGCCCACCCUGCACCACAGUCAGUACCAGGCCCAGUUCGCCCACCAGGCCUACAUCAGCGCCUCGCCCGCCUCCACUGUCUACACUGGAUACCCGCUGAGCCCCACCAAGGUCAACCAGUACCCUUACCUCUAGAGAAGACACUGACUGACACUGGAGAGCCUGACCCAGCACUGCUGCUCCCCCUCCCUCCUGAGCCCACCCGCCCCUGAGCCCCUUUGACAUCCUGAACAUCCUCUCCUCAACCUCAGACAUAAACAAAGACAGAGGAACAUGCAAUCCUUAUGAAACUGUCACAUAUAACUUGAAGAUGUAACGACAGAGAGAAAAAGAAACAAAAGAUUCACAGCCUCUCUAGAAGGGAAAGAUGAAUUUCAGAGGGGUACAGUUCAAGAUGUCUUCUUUCAGUUUUGUUUUUUUCCUUCCUGAAAGGGCCAGUUUUUUGCUUUGAUUUGUCUAUUCUUCGCUUUACUUUAUGAGGAAAGUAAUGUCUCAUUAGUUUUACAGGGAGGUUUGAAAGAGGCCUUUUGGGACAGUGGAGGUUUUCUGGUUUGUUUUCUUUUAUUUUCCCCUCUUAAAUUUGGGAAGUGACUGUUGAACAGGGGUUACUGACUGGAAGUUUGGAAUCCCAAGAGUUUUGGGAGAAGGUGAAAUACGGAAACCUGCUGCUCUUCAAAGAAAAAAAUAUUGAUGGCCUUGAACUGUCUUAAUAUUUCCAAAUCAUUCAUGGUGUGGGGAGAAAGGAGAGGCAACUUCCCCCGCUCCACCUUCUCUGGUUCGAGGAGGCUUCUGGAAAUAUAACCAACAGAAGACAACAAACUUUUUAGUGUAUUUAUAGAUAUUUUUCCUUUUUUUGUUUCACCUUUUACGACGAUAAUUCAGUUUUAGCUAGGUGUCUUAGCUGGGCCCCGUUCUUAGAAUGUAGCAGUCUGCACCUGUUUGUUUUAAGAUUUUUUUUUUUCCUGAUACCAAUAGAUUUUUUUUUUUUUUGUUCCUCUUUUUUCAAUGUGAUUGCACAAAGUGGUUAUAAUAACAUAGGCAUGUACAACGUGAUUGUCUGUGUGUGCUACUGUCAGCCAUGCGUGUGUAGUCCACCUCCUCAAAACCCUCUUCAGUCGUUAGGUUUUGACCAUUGUUCCCUCGUAGUGCCUUACAGAUAUAAUGACACAGUUUACUUGGCUUGGAUCCUGAAAGCCACACGAGACUAUAGCUAUACUUAGAGAGACAUGUUUCCCUGGUUUGACACCCGAGUCGGGGCAGUUGUAGCUCUCUUCCAGGUGUAGGCUCGUUCCUUGCUGUUUCUCGUCCCUGAUGACAGCUGACUAUAGAUGAUGAAGAUUAAUGUCAGAGUUGGUAUCACGCUGAGCUAUUUUAUGAUGUGUGCAUGAGAUAACUUGCCUGGGGUACUUACCAAAGUCAUAGAUAAAUUGUUGUUACAUUUGCUCUGGAUAUUAAUGUAAAUAUGAAAAUGUACAGUAUAGCUGUAGCUGUAAACCUCUAUCGCAGUGGCACCCAAAAUGUUGCUUUAGUUUGGAACAUAUUUGUUGUUGGUAUUUUUUGUUGUUUUUUUUUUUUACUCAUACAAGGGAAUUCAUGCAUCGUGAUUACAGAGCAGAGAUAUUAACUCAGUUUUCAUGUACAGGGAAUGAGUUACAGUAAAAUGUUUGCGACACAGUAGCAGUCGUUUUUUUUUUUUUUUUUUUUUUUUUAAAGGAUAAAAGCUAGUCCGAAAGAAGGGCCUGACAGAAAGUGAUUGUUGCCACGAGGGUGAUUCUGUGAGGCUAUGGAAGUAGCCUGGCUGCAGCAAAGAGACAGAGUAUCGAGGGUUGUUUGAGCGAGAUACUGUGUAGGCACGAGUGAGGGGGGCUGGUUGAAAGCAUAGGGUCAGUUUAGGUAGGGACUGUGGAGGGCACGGUGAAACUCUCUAUCUUAAAUGGGACUAAAAUGGUAGCAAGUUGGCACUGAGCAGGUUGAUAGUAACACUGAGCCCGCGUGGUUGGUAGGAGCCGCAAGGGGGCACUACCUUACCUUGAAUGCACACUUCGAAUUCUGACAUGAAUCCUUUUGUUGUCGUCUUUUUUUUUUUUUUUUUUUUUGCUUGCUGUUGCUGUUCGUUUCUCCAGCAAAGAUAAUUGGAAGUUACUUGUUUGCGUUUGAGGUUUGGGUAGCAUCGCAGAGCUGCAGGAACAGAACAGAAGGGAAAUGCCACAGCAUACACCUGGAAGGGCACCUUGUGGACGAUUUGUUGCCACUGUCCAUUUGUCUUCGAACCCGAUACACCACAGACAUCGCCACGCCAGCCAGAUGGGAUACCUGAACACGUAGAGAACCAAUAGGGCUGUCGCUUUGUGUGUUUGCUGCUUGAUUUAACAGACAUCAUUUAUUCUUGUAGCCGAUGAUACAAAUAAUCUCCUCUGUUCAUUUUGUCCUCUUGAACAUGGGCACAUCAGAACUGCUGGUGGUUUUAGUGAAAGCCUUCCCCUCUCCUUCUUGGUAUGCCAUAGUACUUGCAUUUGAAGUGAUUUUUUUUUUUUUUUUUUUUUUUUUUUUAACUUAACAUUAUCUUGAACUUUUUUGACAUGGCUGUAGUACAUGUUGUGUUUAUUUUUAGAGAUUGUUGCAAUAAUUCUCGUGGAUGUUUUAUCAGAGUGUGUGUGUGUGUUUUUAUUAUAUGUCAGGCUCAUUUCUAUUUUGUAACCUGGGGGUUGGUGUACAGUAAUAUUUAGUAUUCCGUGGAGGUGGGUGCACCUGUGUAAAGUGUUGCAACACUGCUGAUGAUAGUAAGUGUUGAGUUGAUGAUAAUCCAAUGGGGCUCUUAUAGAUACAUACUUGGCUUGAGGGUGCCACACCCCAGAGUGGUCUUUCAUCCUGGUACUUGUUUCCCCAAAAUAACUCUCCACUCCCCGUCAGCUCCAGCAUGCAAAGCCUUGGGUCCGGGCACUUAAAGAUGUGAUUACAUAGUACGUUGCUGGUUACAUCAUUCUUCUCUGUUCUGUUGUUGUCUUUUUAUUUUAUUUGAUCUACUUAAUUUCCUCUAGGUCAUUGGGGCCUAAGCACACACGCGCAGAAGGGAGAUGAUUUUUCCAUUGAAAUCUUUUGGCUCCUCUGUUAUGAGACAGACUACUGAAACAUUCCACUGUUUGAGGGAAUUUGGCGUUACCCAUGCUACACUGCUGUCCUGUCCCCACUCUUGUCAGCACGGGGACGGUGUCGUCACGCUCUGACUUUUCCGCUCCUCCCACCAAAGAAUUAAACUGAUUGACCAUGUACAGCACAGCACAGUACAGUACAAGCAAUCCUCUACAACGUUGCUAGAGCAUAUAGGCAAUAACUUCUGGUCAUGUUGUUUUAACCCCCCCACCCCCACCCCAACCAAGUGCAUGUGUGCAUAAGAUGUACAAGUACACAGGGAGGAUUUAACGUACUUCAUGUAUACAGCACAGUCUUGAGUUUGUUUAGAAUUUAGACAUUCAGCUAUGAGAAGCGCUGCAGUCUGUUUUGAAGCUUUCUCUGUAUUUACUUUCAUUACUCUUCACACUUGGCCCCUGUCGAGACUGAAUGAUCGAUAUUUGUCUAACCUCUCUCCAAAUUGUUUUAUAAGCCAGUUAUUUUUUACGCUGUUCAUGUUGUAGCUUUAUUGGUGUUGUAAGAAAAUGAAUUUGUAAAAAGAAAAAAGGAAAAAAAAGUUUGUUUUACAUUAGCGUGCCAUGGAAUAGAAUGACCUGUAAAAAUGAAUUAAUCAAAAAAAAAAAAAAAGUACCAACUAUACCUUUAAAACCACGGUCACCUGCGCAAAAAUGAAUGUAAUAUGUGACCUGCGACAUCUGAAAUGGCUUUAGAUCUUUCUCAGUGGGUGACCAUUUAAUUUAAUUUCUACACUGUUUGUGGCCAUGCAUGAUGCAAUAAUUAUACAUCUGAUCUCCAGCAAAAUCCCAUAUGAGACAAAUAAUGUAAAAUUACCACUGUCCUCAUGAUUAGGGUUUAUAGAGUAAUCACUAUUUUCUCAAAUGAAGCAUCCAAUUAAGAGAAGCCCUAUAUGCGCAACAUUGUGGGAAAUAACUUGACAUGUAUGAUACCUUUGUCUAUCACGCUGUUUCACAUAACCAAUGUUUUGUGUUUUAUAAAAAAAAAGAAAAAAGAAGGGGAAUCAGAAAUGUGAGCAUUAACGUAGAUCGAGUGACCUUACAAUUACCAAAAUGUGCUUAAGUAGAGUGUAAAAAUGUUUUGUGUUGUUGAGGUGAGCAUAGCCUUCCCAGCUAGCGACUUUAUUGUUAGAGUACUGCCUUCCAAAUAACCAACAAUACCUCUAAAGCUUUAAGGUGACAUUUAAAUCAGAGAAAACUGAAUAAGGCAGCAUCUCACUCUCUAUGAAGCCUGGCAUUCUCCUAUUAAAUACACUCAAAACUUCCAACUCUGCUCAUGGUGUUGUUGUGAAUAGUCCUCCUGGAGCUUUGGCAACACCAAGAAACAUUCCUGAGAGCAUGGCACACAGUGCUAUACAUUAGUCUUCUUCAGACAAACUCCUCUAAGGUGACUUGAAGCUAAGCAAGAAGUGAACAGACAGCCUGCAACAGAAACCCACACACUCUUACAGGUAAUAAAAAAAAUAAAUCAUUUGGUAAAGUCGCAGCUGCUUCCCAAAGUACAAAAGGGUUAGGAGCAGGUGUUAGGUGGAUUAAUCAUAUGCUGAUGUACUUUGUGCCACCAGGAAAUUCAUAAUCUAACUACACAAGCAUUCUUAAAGCCCUUUUGGAUAUGAGUGUAUGUUUUUUUUUUGUUUUUUUUUUAACUUUUGUUGAGGAGAUCUGCUCCUUUUGCUGGCUAUUCCUUGGGGGAAUUCAGGGUGAGGUGGUCAAGGUUUGAUGCCAUCACUGAUCGAGGCUGUCAGGUGAUUGCAACGUAUGAAUUUAAGAACCAAAACUGAUUCAAUUAUUAUUCUUUUCCCUACCAUAUUUGUUUAUUCUAAUUUGUGCACAACCAGGCAAGGAUGUGAAUUAAUUUCCACCACCUUUAAAUCCCCAAUUUGAAGAUGUUUAGAUCCUAAUUUACAUGAAUGGAAAAUGUUGCUUUUCCGACUAAUUGCAGAGAGCUCUCUAGCCAAAGUCAGCUAUUUUUGUAGUGUUAAAUUGAACAAACGGAAUCUGGAAGUGGUAGACCAAAGCUGGGUUCAAAUACAGAUUUGCCUGUUUACACUGCAAAAAUAUCCAUCUUACCCUAGAGUUCAUGUCAAAGUCACAAUCCCUUUUAGUAAGUCCUCAAAAUUAUAAUUGUGAAUUAGUGUAGCUGGAGUGCUUAGAUAGCUAUUGCACAGCAACCUUUUUGCAAGUGAUACAUCAGUUUAUUUACAUUUUCUAAAGACCUAAGAGUGCAUCAAACCCUGACCCCCUUUUGUGUCCAUUGCUGUAUGGUUUCUCGAUGGUGUAAAAUCUCAUUCUUUGUCGAUAAAGCUAAUGUGUGCUGCAGUAUUUCCUAAUAUACUUCUUUGUUAAUUGUCUUUUCUUAUUUACUUUUGUUUAUCGGGGUGUGAUGUCUCAUUAUUUCAAUCUGUUGAUGUAGCGUUCUAUGUAUACCCUGUUCCUUAGCCUAAUAUUAUUAAGUAUGUUAUGAGAAUGGAUAUUUUACUGGCUUUAUAGAAUGUUUAAAUAAAUAUAAUAAUGACAAUAAGAAGAAGGAUUAAUUAAACCUCCUAACAAGUUGAGUACUUGCUACUAAGCGCUUGUGUUACCAUUAUGAUGUUGUGUGCUUCUCUUAAUCAUUUUCGUUGUAGAAAAAUGGAGUGAAUUUAUAUUAGGCUUCGAAAAAACUAAUGAUAGCAUUGUAAAUUUUACAGGAGGAUUUUAACAGACAAACAGCUUCGUCAAAUAGAAGAAUAUAGUUAUUUUAAUUGUCCUCUUUACUAACUGUAGGGUGAGAAGGGGCUCGCGUUGUGGUGAACUAUGUUAUAGCUUGUUAUUCACUGUUACUUUUGAUCAUUUUUUCGGUCUCCGAGGUGAAUCGAGUUAUUAAUGAGAAUUUGUAUGCUCACAUAUGCAUAUUGUAUAUGUGUAGAAAUGUAAUCACACUUUGUCUUGGAUUUACAUUAAACUGUUAAGUCACGG